AUGGAUGAAAACAACACCCCAAGGGUCACCGGCGACAGUAACAACGUUUCCGACGUCAUACCCAUAGAAAGUGAGACUAGGUUUACGGUGGUUCAAGAAAAAAAAAAGGAAGGCUCGUCGGGUUCAAUCCCAUGUCCCUUACUCAAAUGUAUAGUAAAGGGGAAAUCACAAAAAUGCCCUAUAAAGUUUCUUGGGUUUGUCGAUUUAGUCCCAAGUCAUUUGGCUGCUUAUAUGGGGUAUAACAUAGGAAUGAAAUGCUUAUGCCACAACAUUGAAGUGAUUGAGAGAAGGAGAGAUGAUAGGAUUAACUUCCACAAAAAUUUCGUUAUGCUUGUUCAUCUGGCAUUGGAGAGCAAAGAAGGAGAGAUGAUAGGCUUAACUUCUACAACCCCAAGUUUGUCAGAUAAACGUUGUGACACCACUACCAUCGCCGCCAAUCAUAGCCAGAAAUCAACAAGAAGAGAAGAAACCCUUGAUUGCAGAAAUAGAAUGAGUUAUUGGAGCAGGAAUUUCAUAGAUCGUGACAUCACCAUGGACGUUUCUUCAUAUAAUUAA